AUGGUUGAAAGGAUGAACUCGACGGAAAUGUUGGUUAUAUUGUUGUCCACGAUCAUUUUAGUCAUCUCUUAUCUGUUUAACUGCGCAAAGAAGAAAUCAGCAGAAAAGGGUGCAGCUAAAUGUUCACCUGGAGGAACGCCAAUCAAACAAGAGUAAGUUGAUGUUCUUGUUGGUAUUUCUUUGAAAGUCAGCUUCAUUUUGGAUUUAUAUGUUUCUUAGGAUUGUGUGGAGAAUGUUUUUUUAAAUUUUAUGUCCUAAACUUUGAAUUUUAAGCCUAAAUUUUAAAAUUUCAGUCCUAAUGCUUUGGACACAAAGACGGCCGUCGCUAAAGUCGACGAGAACGGCAAGAACGACGCAGGCAAGUCGACGGUCAAACCGACUACGAAGAAAGAUGAAGCAUCUGGUGGCGGAGCUCUAUUACCGACUGACAGUGGAUAUCAAGUCGAGGCAUCGGGACCAUCGUUGGCGGCUUCGUUUGCUCAGCCAAAGACCGAAAAGAAAUGA